GAGGACGGUCCGGAGGGAUGGAGACUGUGAGAGCGUGAGAGGGUAGCGAUUGUGCUACAGUCGCACCGCGACACCCCCACGAGCGAAACCGCGCGCGGCAGCCCGCACUUCUCGUAUAUAGAGCUGUGUACGUGUAUAUUGUAAAAACGAGUCCGCGGACAGUGCUAUGCUUUUGAAGCCGCGAUCCGUAAGGUGUCCUUCGUCCUUGUCGUCGUCGGCCUUAUCCUCGUUCUUUUCCUUCAAGUGGGAGCACUAGUUUCGCGAGACCCGCAGCGCUUCUAAUGUGAUCAAUGUCGUGUGUACUACAAUUCUGCCGUUACGCAUCGUGCUGAUCAGCAUGAGCAGAAAAGACUUUUAGCGACAAGCGGGACGCGAAAUUCAGAACGCAUGCCUAAAUCAGCUUGGGAAGCGGAUAACUUGCUAGUAAGCGGCUAACGGGUCACUUCUAGGGGAUAAUAGAUCGCCGAACUGGUGUCCCAAGGAUUCAUCAGAAAACUGAUCGACUCUCAUGGCAGCGCGGAAACUCGCAGCCCUCUUUGCCGCGGUCCUGCAACUUUGCUUAUGUCAAAUCACCCCGGAAGUUUUGCCCGAAUUCUUAGCUCCUUUAGAAAAUCAUACGGUGAUCCAAGGUCGUGACGUCUUCUUCACCUGUGUCGUUAAUCAUCUGCAAACAUACAAGGUAGCCUGGAUAAAAUCCGAUUCCCGAGCGAUUCUGGCGAUACACACACACUUGGUGGCACACAAUAAUCGAUUAGCCGUAACGCACAACGGGCACAACACGUGGAAGCUGCAUGUGUCGAAUGUCCAGAAAAACGAUUCCGGUACUUAUAUGUGUCAAGUCAACACCGAUCCUAUGCGCAGUCAGAUGGGAUACAUGGAAGUAGUGGUACCGCCCGAUAUAAUGGACGAUGACACUGCAAAUGGAAUGGUUACUCACGAGGGAGGUAAUAUAAGAUUGCGAUGUGUCGCCACCGGUUCACCGAAGCCUAUUGUCAGUUGGAAACGAGAGGACGGUCGUAACAUCAUUCUCAGAGAAGAUGGACAGAAACAACUACUGAAAACCUUCGUCGGUGAGACGUUGGAAUUGACGGGGGUGCAGCGGGCAGAGAUGGGAACGUAUCUCUGCAUAGCCAGUAACAACGUGCCGCCGACGGUCAGCAAGCGUUACUCCGUUGAUGUUCACUUUCAACCUGCUAUUAAAGUGACGAAUCAAUUGGUGGCUGCGCCGAUUAAUAGUGACGUCGUGUUGCAAUGUUACGUCGAAGCGUCACCGCACGCUAUGAAUACUUGGUACAGAGAAGGAGGCGAGAAACUGCUGCCCAGUGACAAAUACACAAUGUCGGAGUACGCGCUGAGCGAUUACUCCCGGCAAAUGAAUCUUACUGUCAAUUCCCUGGAAAAACGGGACUUCGGCGGGUAUGUGUGCUCGUCCGUCAACGCUCUCGGCAAGGCCGAUGGUUCAGUACGAUUGCAAGAGCUGCAGUUGUUCGCGAAGACGACACCGACGACGCUUAUGAAGAACAUAGAUAAGUCGCGUAAGAAGAUAUUGUCGAAGGGCAAGAAGAAGAGCAACAAUAGCAACGGCAGACGAGGACACGCGGGCGGCUUCGACGACAACGAUUUCAUCGGUAGCGACGAUGAUUUCGGUACCACGCAGAUCAUGGUCGGUAGCACCCUUCAGGAGGGCCAGAGGACGGACAGGCCCUUCGCCGUGCCUUCUCCGCCGCCCUGGGUCAAUCUUUCGAACGUCGCGAAUUUCAGGCAUCCCUCGGUGUCCGCGAUUCUGCUUCUGCUUCUUUUGCCGACUACUCUAUAAGAUGACAUCGCGGUGUCAAGAGACAAAGGAUUAUGAUAGAAUCGGCGAGUAUGAAGAUCCACGAUCUUGAGAAUCGAUAAAUUUAGAAGACUGUGAUUUUUUUAGUGCAUCACAGAUCAAAAAAUAACAUUUCACGAGUUGCAAAACUUUUAUGUGUUGCACGUUGAAAACUUGGUGAGUUUUUUAUAUUAUGAUUAAUAUGCGCACGUUUCUAAUUAUUAUGAAUUUCUACAAUAUUUUUUCGUUAGAGUUUUGUUGAUCGAAACUUUUUAUUAUCGCAUAUACCUAUUUUCUGUUCUAAUUUUGAACAUAUCUGCUAAAGUAAAUCAAAUAUUAUAUACUCAGUAAUAAAUAGAAAA